AUGAAUGCUCUUCAAGGAAAGAUUAUCAAUGCUCCAUUGGUAAUAGAAGAUGAAAAUUCUCAUGCUUUAAUCAAGAAUGCAACGAUAUAUAUAUAUUCCACAUUUGAAUCUGAUACUCUUUCCAUAACUUCUCUAAUCCCUGAAGGUACAUUUCAAUUGAAGCUAAAUUCGAAGGAUUCGAUAAUAAAACAUAGAAAGGUUAAGGAUUCAUUUACAGAUGAGCAAUGGCUCAGCACAGUGAAAGAGUUAUUCAGUGGUACUUACGACAAUAACGAUUUAGAAUUGACUGGUAAGUAUUUAACCAGUAGUGAUAAUUAUGUAGAUGGCGAGCUUGUAGAGGAUGGCGAUGAAGAGAAUGAAGACUUCGAAAGAAAUAGACAUAAAUAUCUCUCCAUUGACAUAAAGACUUCCAAUAAAAAGUUAACAAUUACUGUGGGAACUUUCCAAGUUCCUCUCAUGAAAGUUAUAGGUGGAGAAGAUGAAACGAAUCUAUUGAACUGGUUGGACUUAUUGAUUAGCGGUCAUAGAGGGAAUAUAAGAAUAAUCAAGGAUUUGACGAAAGAAAAUACGAAAUUGCUCAAUGAAAGGGAUUACUAUAAGAAAGAGGUGAUUAAAAGUGCAACAGAGCACUUAGAAAUAAUGAAUGACAUAGAAAGCAAGUUUUAUAGAGUUUUGAAUGCAAAGAAAGAUAAAAUAUGGGAGCUUGAACAGAAAAUGAAAGGGAAUGAUGCCAAUUUUGCCUUAGUUGGAUUGAAUGAAAAGUAUAUAGAAGAAAACAAGUUUAAUUUGAAUACAGAUAUCGAUAUUAAGGAAAUUCCUAGCAAAUUGAGGGAUGAGUUAAUUAAAAAGAGGAAAGUACGAAAGGUAGCAGAUGGAAAGAAGGGAGGUGGUGCUAGGAAGAGAAAAAAGACAGCAGGCUCAGUUUUAAAGGAAGAGGAAGAGGGUGAGAAUGAUGAGGAAGCAGAAGAUGAGCCUGAAGAAAGUGAAUACGAAUAUGAGAAUGAGAAUUUAGAGCAAGUCAUAGAACCAGAGAUUAAAGUUGAAGAAGUUGAUACAGAUGAAGAAGAUGAAAGAAUUUUAGAAGAUGAGGACCAAGAUAAGGAAAUGAAAUUGCUGCCAAAAGACGCAGACAAGUCAGAUUCUAUAGAAAUUAAAGAGGAAGAUGAACCUCUUAGCGUCAAUGAACUAGAGAGAAUCCAAAAAGAAAAGCAGAAGAAUAAGUUCAAGCUUCGAAGAUUCACCAACAAGUAUGAGCGCCAAGCAAAGGAGAGGAAAAUAGCAGACGAAGAAGAAAGAGCUCAAGAGCAAGUGGAAGAAGAAGAUGAAGAAGAAGAACAUAGCAAUGAUGAUGAUGAUGGUGAGAGAGUGGGACCAGAACAGUACGGAUCUAUUCAUAGAUCUACAAAAACCCUUUCUGAUCGGGACAUAGUUGAGGACUCUGUUUCCAUAUCCCCGCCAAAUCAGGACAAAACAGAUAUUGAUACCGAUGUUGAGAAUAGUAACGACAGCGGCAACGUAGAUAUAUCGGACUUUGACUUAGAUGGCUUUGAGGGCCACAAGGACAAAGAUAAUGCAAACGAGGAAUCAACGACCCAGUCGGCCAUUUCGGAUAGUUUGAAGUCGUAG